AGAAGAGAAACGUUCAGCGUAGUUUUAUCUUUCAAUUAAUAUGAGAAUUUGGAACGUUAUAAUAUAUAGUAGAAGAUCCAUACAUAAGCAACAAAUUCUUAAAGAAGAAAAUGCAGUGUCUCAAGUUCCUGAACCGUCCUGUAAGGCAAGCUCCUUUCACCUUUCUUAAAAGAAGCCUUUGCUCACUCAAAAAUUCUGGUCAUGAUGAAGAUCUUGACAACCUGGUGCAAGUUGAGGAACGAAGCAAUUCAAGAACUGUGAUUCUUAAUAGACCCCAUGUCCUCAAUGCUCUCACCACUCCAAUGGGGGUUCGGUUAACCGAACUAUAUCAAUCCUGGGAAAAAGAUCCCCUUGUUGGCUUUGUGGUUUUGAAGGGAAAUGGUAGAGCAUUUUGCGCUGGUGGUGAUGUUGUUAAACUAUAUCAGCUAAUCACUGAAGGCAGAUUGGAAGAAUGUAAAGAUUGCUUUAGGACAUUUUAUAGCUUCAUGUACCUGCUAGGAACAUAUUUGAAACCACAUGUGGCUAUAUUGGACGGCAUUACAAUGGGAGGAGGUGCUGGGCUUUCAGUCCAUGGUUCACACAGAGUAGCAACUGAAAAAACUGUUUUUGGUGUUCCAGAAAUUCUUAUCGGCUUGCAUCCUGAUGCAGGUGCUUCCUACUAUCUUCCACGUCUUCCUGGAUACUUAGGGGAAUAUCUGGGACUAACAGCUGAUAGGAUUAGUGGAGAAGAAAUGGUUGCUUGUGGAUUAGCAACCCAAUUUUUAUCAAGUGCAAGGCUCCCUUUCUUGGAAGAGCAAUUCGUUAAAUUUUCCAGAAAUGAUUUUGCAGCCAUGGGGAAUUUUCUAGAUAGAUUUAGCAACACCGUUGGACGUCUAAAUCAGACAAGUGUUAUUCACAGGAUCGACUUGAUAAAUGAAUGUUUUGGCCAUGACACAGUGGAAGAAAUUCUUCAUGCUCUGGAAACUGAGGCAGCAGCUACAAAAGAUGAGUGGUGCAUUUCAACACUCAAGAGACUCAGAGAAGCUCCACCCUUGAGCUUGAAAAUUUCCUUAAGAUCUAUAAGAGAAGGCAGAUUUCAGACACUUGAACAAUGUCUUGCUCGUGAGUACCUGAUGACACUUCAGGCAAUUUGUGGACAAAUUUCCAAGGACUUCUGUGAGGGAGUUCAGGUGCGAUUAGUUGAUAAAUCAUUUGCACCAAAGUGGGAUCCUCCUAGUUUGGAACAAGUUUCAGAAGACAUGGUGGACGCAUACUUUGCACCUCUUAAUGCGUAUGAGCCUGGCCUAGAGUUGCCCACUAAUCUAAGAGAAGCCUUUGCCUAAAUUUUGAGUUACGGAAUGGUUUGUUGGUUUACAUAUACAAUUACGUUUCCUGUUAUGACCAAUAAAAACACUAAUUCUAGGCUU